AUGGCCGCGCUGGCCGCAGCCCAGGUGACCUCGGAGGACCAGGAAGUGCCGGAGCACAAACCCGUGGAGCUGCGCUGCGCCGCGUUCCGCUCCAGCUCGGGCAGCGCCCGCAUCGAGUGGAAAUUCCAGAGGGGCUCAUCCCUGACACUGAUCUACUACGGGGGGAGCUCACAGCCGUACCGGGACCGUGUCCAGUUCUCGCCCACGUCCAUCCGCUUCGGCUCGGUGACGCGGGAGGACAGCGGCAAGUACAUCUGCGAGGUGGUGGCGGAUGGCAGCCACAUCGCCAAGUCCGAGGUCAACCUCAUCGUGCAGGUGCCCCCGGGGAAGCCGCUGGCACACGUGCCCAGCUCUGCCACGGUGGGUGCCCGCGCUGUCCUGCGCUGCUCCGAGGCCCAGGGCUCGCCCCCUCCCACCUUCCGCUGGUACAAGGACGGCACCGAGCUGCCCCAGGACCCCAAAUCCAGCCCCGCCUUCCGCAACUCCUCCUACAGCCUGGACCCGCGCACGGGGGAGCUGGUGUUUGAGCCCGUGGGGGGCUGGGACACGGGCGAUUAUCACUGCGAGGCCUCCAACAACGUGGGCAGCCCCCAGAAAUCCGACGUCUUCCGCAUGGAGGCAGUAAGGAGCGAGGUGAACGUGGGUGGCAUCGUGGCCGCCGUGGUGCUGCUGCUCCUGUUCCUGGCGCUCGCCGCCUUCGGCGUCUGGUUCGCCCACAGGCGUGGCUACUUCAGCAGUGAGAGACUGGGAGGGAAAAAAACAGACCCCGCCUUGGUGUCACCUCAGUGUCACCUCGGUGUCCCCCUGGUGUCACCCCGGUCCCUGUGGGGACAGAGGGGACACGGGGGGGGGUGGCACAUCCCAAAAUCCCGAUUUUCCCGCAGUGCCGGAGGGAAGAAGGUGAUUUACAGCCAGCCCUCGCGGCGCAGCGAGAGCGAGUUCAAGCAAACCUCCUCGUUCCUGGUGUGACGUCGUCCCCGCCGCCCCCGGACGCUUUUUCCCAAUUCCCGGAAUUCUGCAGGAUUUUAGGAGAUCCACGGGAUUUUGGGAAUUCUGUGGCGUUUUCAGAAUUCUGUGGGGUUUUAGGAGAUCCACGAGAUUUUGGGAAUUCUGUGGGGUUUUGGGAAUUCCAGCAGGAUUUUCAGAAUUCCGUGGGGUUUUAGGAGAUGCACGGGAUUUUGGGAAUUCUGUGGGGUUUUGGGAAUUCUAGUGGGAUUUUCAGAAUUCCGUGGGGUUUUAGGAGAUCCAUGGGAUUUUGGCAAUUCCUGCGGGAUUUUCAGAAUUCUGCAGGAUUUGGGAAAUUUCCUGUGGAAGUUUUGGGAAUUCCCAUAGAAUUUUUGGGAAUUCCGGCAGGAUUUUCAGAAUUCCGUGGGGUUUUAGGAGAUCCAUGGGAUUUUGGGAGUUCCCAUGGGAUUUUCGGAAUUCUGCAGGAUUUGGGGAAUUUCCAUACAAUUUUUGGGAAUUCCCACGGGAUUUUUUGGGAAUUCCUGUGGGAUUUUCGGGAAUUCCUGCGGGAUUUUAGGAGUUCCAUGGGAUUUUUUGGGAAUUCCGCAGGAUUUUUUGGGAAUUCCCGUGGGAUUUUUGGAAUUCCGCGGGAUUUUCGCCGCGGUUUUUUUAAAGCCUCUCCGGUGCCUUCGCCGCUGCUGCCUCUGGAACUUGGGGGUCCCCGUGUCCCCUCUUUGUCCCCUCUUUGUGUCCCCUUUGUCCCCUCCCCUCGUUCCCCCUUUUUGUCCCCCCCCGCCAUUGUCCCUCCCUGUCCCCUCUCUGUCCCCGGGAGGCUCUGGGUGGGGGGGGGACAGGGCUGGUGCCACCACCUGGGGACAGCGCCAGUGUCCCCCUGGUCCCAGUGUCCCCCCAAACUGGGAGCGUGGUGGGGGGGGUACUGGAAAUAAACCUGUGUCCUUUA